AUAAUUAAAAUAUAUUAGUACAAGGGAAAAGAAAAAAAAAACAGGAAAAACAAUUUCAAGAAAAUUUGGGAGUAUAAAAGUCGUAGAAUUCCUUAGAAUAUUUCAGUUAUAAGUUUCUUUCUAUCAUGAUCCGUUUUAUCUUGUUAAUUACUUUGCUCCCAGCUUUGGCUCUUGGGGACGAUUGGAAUCUUCGUGAGUGCGAAGGUGUGCCAUUGCCAACGGAUUUUAGUAUUGAUGAGUGCCCCAAUGGCAGACCGUGUAAAUUUGAUAUUGAUAAGACAAUUCAUGUUAAAGGAACAAUUAAAAUUGAUCAUCCUGUAACGAAGUUACCAAGCGUCGUAGAAGCUAUCAAACCUAACGGUGAAACAAUUAAUUUUGGCAUUCCUUCAGGAGAUGCUUGCAAUGCUGUUGUUGAGGCAAAAUGUCCUCUAGACCCAGGAACGUACACAAUUUACUCUCCUGUGGUGAUUAAAGGGACCCCAGGUGAGGCAGUUACAACUCGCAUUGUUAUUCGUGAUCAGGACAACAAAGUGGUUGGUUGCGCCUCAACAGAUACCCAGUUUCAUUAAACUUUUUCGAAAAUAUGUAGGUACAUACAUAUGUAUUUAUAUCGAAAACAGGAAAAAAAAUUAUAAAAUAAACCUGUUCCAUAAA